CAACGCCCUCGACUUCACCCUCCUUCUCCCAUCCCUUUCGCCUGUCGACAAUACACCGCGGUCCCGCGCCAAAUCGCCCAUCAUGUCGCUUGUGUCCGGCGAGAAGACCAACUUCCAGUACAUUCUGCGUCUCCUCAACACCAACGUUGAUGGAAAGCAGAAGAUCAUGUACGCCUUGACCCAGAUCAAGGGUGUUGGUCGCCGUUACUCCAACUUGGUCUGCAAGAAGGCCGAUGUUGACCUCAGCAAGCGCGCCGGUGAGCUCACCACCGAAGAGCUCGAGCGUGUCGUCACCAUCCUCCAGAGCCCCGAGCAGUACAAGAUCCCCGCCUGGUUCCUGAACAGACAGCGCGACAUCACCGACGGCAAGAACUCCCAGGUCGUCUCCAACAACCUCGACAGCAAGAUCCGUGAGGACCUCGAGCGCCUCAAGAAGAUCCGCUCCCACCGCGGUCUCCGUCACUACUGGGGUCUCCGUGUCCGUGGUCAGCACACCAAGACCACCGGCCGCCGUGGUCGCACCGUCGGUGUCAGCAAGAAGAAGAACUAAGCAUCUCUCCCCCUUACUAUAUCGCGGAGCUUUGUUUAUACCUGUUCUUUUACUUCUUGCGCGGGGCUUGGGGCUACUUUGGAUCAUGGGAUUAAAAGAGAGUCGGGGGGGCAACUGUGUCUGAGAGAUGCUGGUGUGAAUUUUUCUUUCAAGGAAACCAUCUUAAUGAACCUUUUACCCCCUUUUCGUCGGGGAAAAGAAUCCGAUCAUGGGAGCGCUGGAUGGUCCGCUACUCCCCGAGUUCUUUUCUCCCUGCGAAAAAUGAAAAGAAAUCAUACCAUCAUGAAAUGAAAUUCAAAAAAACCAAAUUCGUGUCUUCUGCCUAUAGCUUCGUAAAUCUUGCUUUUUGCCAUACGGCGAGUCAUUGCUGUAUCGGGACCCCACCCUCCAUCAUUCUAUCUGUCGGUAUAAGCAAUGAUGCUUCCUCGACUCAUCUG